AAGCCCAAGUCCAAGUCCACCACCAAGCCCAAGUCCAAGUCCACCGCCAAGCCCAAGUCCAAGUCCACCGCCAUGCCCAAGUCCAAGUCCACCGCCAUGCCCAAGUCCAAGUCCACCGCCAUGCCCAAGUCCAAAUCCACCGCCAUGCCCAAGUCCAAGUCCACCGCCAAGCCCAAGUCCAAGUCCACCGCCAAGCCCAAGUCCAAGUCCACCGCCAAGCCCAAGUCCAAGUCCACCGCCAAGCCCAAGUCCAAGUCCACCGCCAAGCCCAAGUCCAAGUCCACCGCCAAGCCCAAGUCCAAGUCCACCGCCAUGCCCAAGUCCAAGUCCACCGCCAAGCCCAAGUCCAAGUCCACCGCCAUGCCCAAGUCCAAGUCCACCGCCAAGCCCAAGUCCAAAUCGACCGCCAAGCCCAAGUCCAAGUCCACCGCCAAGCCCAAAUCCAAGUCCACCGCCAAGCCCAAGUCCAAGUCCACCGCCAAGCCCAAGUCCAAGUCCACCGCCAAGCCCAGGUCCAAGUCCACCGCCAAGCCCAAAUCCAAGUCCACCGCCAAGCCCAAGUCCAAGUCCACCGCCAAGCCCAAGUCCAAGUCCACCGCCAAGCCCAAGUCCAAGUCCACCGCCAUGCCCAAGUCCAAGUCCACCGCCAAGCCCAAGUCCAAGUCCACCGCCAUGCCCAAGUCCAUGUCCACCGCCAAGCCCAAAUCCAAGUCCACCGCCAAGCCCAAAUCCAAGUCCACCGCCAAGCCCAAGUCCACCGCCAUGCCCAGGUCCAAGUCCACCGCCAAGCCCAAGUCCAAGUCCACCGCCAAGCCCAAGUCCAAGUCCACCGCCAAGCCCAAAUCCAAGUCCACCGCCUAGCCCAAGUCCAAGUCCACCGCCAAGCCCAAGUCCAAGUCCACCGCCAAGCCCAAGUCCAAGUCCACCGCCAAGCCCAAGUCCAAGUCCACCACCAAGCCCAAGUCCAAGUCACCCGCAAUGCCCAAGUCCAAAUCGACCGCCAAGCCCAAGUCCAAGUCCACCGCCAAGCCCAAGUCCAAGUCCACCGCCAAGCCCAAGUCCAAGUCCACCGCCAUGCCCAAGUCCAAGUCCACCGCCAAGCCCAAGUCCAAGUCCACCGCCAAGCCCAAGUCCAAGUCCACCGCCAAGCCAAGUCCACGCCAAGCCAAGUCCACCGCCAAGCCCAAGUCCAAGUCGACCGCCAAGCCCAAG